CUUUACAGCAUGCGUGCCAGUGUGCCAGUCCCUACUCUAGGCUGAUACAGCCAUGUGAUGCAGUCAUUGUGAUGCAUACUGGGAUGCCAGAAGUGUCAGUUGGUCCAACUGCCUUUAUCUCAGAUCUGCCCAGGUCUUCAGACAGGUUGAGUGCGUUAUUUCCGUGCGAUUUUUUGGGUGAAUUUAGAGCGACACGCCUUUGGAUUGCGUUUGUAGGAGUCUACUCCUUACAAAAUUUAUUAAAUAACAUCGCCUCCAAACACUGUGGGUUCAUUUAAUUCUGAUUAAAUACCCAUAAGUGUUAUUUAGUGCAGGGAUUGACAAGGAGGACCAACAGUCAAUCCCAUCAAACUCUCCAGCAACAUCAUGGAGAGAAAAACUUCCUGCAGUAUUAUCAUCAUAAGCAGCAGUGAUUUGGAAGUAAAUAGACAGGUAGGUAUUAAAUAUAAGAACCGUGGCGAUGGCGAAGAGGAAAGGGAGAAAAAGAGGAUGAAUCUUUCCAGUAACAUCAGGAAGAGAAAAAGCAGCAGCAGUAGCAAAACUGACAACAGCAGUGACUGGGGAGUGAACAGUGAAGAAAAGUUUAAAAAGGAAAGUUUAAAAACUAGGAACAACAGUGAUAGUGAGGAGGAAAGGAAGAAAAAGAGGCAAAAACUCUCCAGUGACAUCAGCAGCAGCGCUGAAGAAGGAUGCAGCCAGAAGAGGCCCUGUGUUCAGGCCAGGAGGCCCCCCGCUUUGGACAUCACAAGCUACACAUUCCAUCGUGUACUAGGAAAGGGUACAUUUGGCCAAGUCGUGUUGGCCUCCACACCUACCAACAAUCACCAAGUGGCUAUUAAGGUCAUCCCGAAGAAGUCACGGAUGGUGAACAGAGAGAGCAUUCUACGGGAGGCACGAGUGCUAAGGGUUGCAGCUGGGCAUCCAUACCUGUGCCAUAUGCAUGCAGCCUUUCAAACACAGAACUACGCAUUCAUCGCUAUGGAGUUUGCCAGUAGAGGAAGCCUUAAGGAUUUACUCACGAAGAAACACCACCUGAAAACCAGACAAGUGAUCUUCUACUCUGCGGAGAUGGUGUGCGGCCUUCAGUAUCUUCACUCUCGUGGAAUUAUCCAUUCGUAAGUUAAAUCUCUUGAUUUGUUUU